GACCAGCAACACUGCAGUGUCACACAACACAUCAGUAAGUAUCUCACAUGGACUUCGCUAGUUCUAAAUAAAUCAUCCUCCACAAAUUAAAGAAGGCAGAAACAACCACGAACUCAUACCCUUCUAACCAUAUCAUCGUGUUCCACUACCAACCUCUCAAAAUGGUCAUCCCCCCUCCUCCUUCCCCGCUCCCCGAGUUUGUGUACAAGAUCACGCUCGAAGCCCCGCCCAGUCCAAUUCCCGAGUCCUACCCACUGUCGGAGCUGGACCAGAAGGAUGGAUUUGUGCAUCUGAGCACCUCGUGGCAGAUCCCAACAACAGCCGGCCUCUUCUUCCAAAAUGAGCUCUCUUUCUACCUUAUCAAGCUUCGCCUGGCCAACUUUGACCAAGCCAGCGUCAAGUGGGACGAGGUCGAGGAUACCAACGGGUGCCCGCACUUGUACGGCAACUUUGGGGCUAAGGAUGUCGUCGACGUGAAGGAGUUCCGCCGUGAGGAGGGCGAGACGUGGGGUGAGGUGUUUGAGAAGGAGGAGGCUAAGGCUUGGAUGGUAUGAUGACAGGGGGCAUCGGAGAAGGGAAAAUAUAAGGGGAGAAAGGAAGGAAAGAACAAAAAAAGAAAAAAAAAUUAAAAAGCGAUGAGACGGUGAAUCUCAACUGAACUCGUCUGUUCAUUCACUCGUUUGACCUAUUUACCCUGAAAGUUUCCCCUCUGGCUAUCCUUAUAUAAAACAAAUGCCUUUCCAACAGUGCAUCCCGACAUCAUCUCUCCAACUUAAUCCUUGC